AUGUCAAGUGAAGUAGCAAAGAAAGAAGGGUCUCUAAAUCUGAAAAUCACUAGCAAAAGCUAUGUGAAACCAGAUGAAAAAAUAGGAAAAAAAGAGUAUCAAUUGGUCACAUUUGACCUACCUUACUUGGCUUUUUACUAUAACCAAAAACUGAUUUUUUACAAAGGAGGUAACUUUGAAGAGAAUGUUGAGAAGCUGAAAAAUGGGCUUGGUGUUGUUUUGAAGGAGUUUCAUCAACUUGCUGGUAAAAUAGGAAAAGAUGAAGAGGGUGUUUUCUUGGUUGAAUAUGAUGAUGAUAUGGUUGGUGUUGAAGUUGUUGAAACCGUUGCUAAUGAGGUUAGUGUCCAAGAUCUAACCGUUGCUGAAAGUAAUGCUAGCUUGAAGGAAUUGAUUCCUUAUGGUGGAAUCUGUAAUUUGGAAGGCAUGCAUAGACCUUUGUUGGCUGUUCAGUUGACAAAGCUGAAAGAUGGGCUCGCCAUGGGCUUGGCUUUUAACCAUGCGGUCCUUGAUGGAACUUCCACAUGGCACUUCAUGACUUCAUGGGCCGAGAUAUGCAGCGUUACACCCUCCACAACAGCCCAACCAUUUUUGGACCGGACCAAGGCCCGAAACACUCGCGUGAAGCUUGAUCUCUCUCUACCUGAGCCCAAAGCUCUACCACCAUUGACUAAUGGUGAGGCAAAGUCAGAGAACGAAAGCCCUGCACCAUUAGUUAAUGGUGGGGUAAAGUCUGAGCCUAUAUUAAGAGAAAAGAUCUUUAAAUUUUCUGAAGUGGCUAUUGAUAAGAUUAAGUCAACAGUCAAUCAAACUCUUCGAAGCGAUGGUUCAAAACCAUUCUCAACAUUCCAAGCUCUCUCCACUCAUAUUUGGCGCCAUGUGACUCUUGCACGUGACCUAAAACCCGAAGACUACACGGUUUUCACCGUCUUCGUGGAUUGUAGAAAACGAGUGGAUCCACCAAUGCCGGAGGCCUACUUCGGGAACCUAAUUCAAGCCAUAUUCACGGUCACGGCCGCGGGACUUUUAUCGGCCCACCCGCCACAAUUCGGUGCAUCCUUGAUCCAAAAGGCAAUCGAAGCGCAUGACGCUAAAGCUAUCGAUGGACGUAACAAAGAGUGGGAGAGUUCACCCAAGAUAUUUGAAUUCAAAGAUGCUGGAAUCAAUUGUGUGGCUGUAGGAAGUUCACCAAGGUUUAAGGUUUAUGACAUUGAUUUCGGAUGGGGGAGGCCAGAGAAUGUGAGAAGUGGAACUAAUAACAAGUUUAAUGGAAUGAUAUAUUUGUAUCCAGGGAAGAGUGGAGGAAGAAGCAUUGAUGUAGAACUAACAUUGGAGCCUGAGGCUAUGGGAAAGUUGGAGCAAGAUAAGGAAUUUCUUAUGGAGAAUAUAAUAUAA